AUGGUCACUGAGGAGGAAUUGGAACACAUAAUUGGGAGAUUGUCAUUACGGGAGAAUGAAUCUGUCCAGCAUUCUACAAAUUCUUUAAGCUUCACUCGUAUUGAUCCAUUCCUCACUGUUGUUGGAAAACUCCACUGUCCAAGAGUGGUUUCUCAUGAUGCAAUCGGAACUCAUUGUCGCAAUAUAUGGUUAAACAGGCUCGGAUUUACAGUCAGGCCAGUGGGGGAGAACUUGGUUCAUUUCAAGUUUAAUGACCGUAUUGAUCGUGCUAGAGUUCUUCAUGGUGAACCGUGGUUGCUUGUUCGGAAACAUCUUCUGGUCCUCAAGCCUGAUGAUGAUCUGUCUGCGGAUUUUCGCAUCUGCCCUUGGUGGAUUCAACUCCAUCACUGUCCAUUGUACUUAAUGAAUGAGGACUUUGCCAUCUUUGCCGGAAAUUUAAUUGCCCAGUUUAUGGAGAUAUUUACGGAUGCAGACCGCAAUUGUAUUGGCCGUUUUCUUCGCAUUAAGGUUAAUAUUGAUAUUCAAAAGCCUCUAAUGCAAGUCCUGCAAUUUGAGCAUGAUGCCUCUCUUCUUAGCCCGUAUCUUGUCACUGUUCCAAUGUUGUUGGAUACUCCAGCUCGUAAAGCAGCGCGCAGAUUCAACACAGCUCAUAAUCGCAUACUCCAAAAUGCUCCAGUAGACGUUCCAUCUGUUCAAACAGGAAAACGUAAAUGGUGUGUUGAAGAUUUUGAUGGUCAAGACUUUCAAAUGAUUGAUGUUGAGGUUAUAGGAAAGGAGUCGCGUACGGAGUGUGUCACUAUUUCAGAGGAUUUUUCUGUAGCAAUUGAAUCUAUGGAUGGCGGCUUCACUCACCAAACCAUGGCAAAUUCAAUCAGACCUGCUAGCGUUCAAGAUCCUCUUUGGAAGCGUCUGUGGAAACUGAAGUUGCCAAGUCGUACUCUUCUGUUCAUUUGGAGGCUUUGCACCAACUCGUUACCAACAUCAACAAAUUUAGCCUCAAGACAUUUAACAGUUGACCUUGAUUGUCCCUUUUGCCAUCAAUCUUCUCUGGAUAGCUGUCCUACUUUCUUCUACUGUCCGUUCGCUGUACAGACCUUCAGGAUUGCUGGAAUCCAUCAACAAAUCCUAGAGUUUAGAAGGUCGCUUAGCGAGUUAUGGACUAGAGCCAUCUUCCUGAAUGCUCAAUUUACAUCAGCUGCUUUCUUUGCAGCCUUACUUUCGGGUAUCUGGCAGGCUCGCAAUUCUUUCUUGUUUGAGCAGAAAAUUAUCUCUGCUUGGUCUAUGGUUCUUCAAGCUAGCAGGGUAGUCUAUGAUUUCUCUAAGAUCAAUGGAAGAUCAGCUAAUCCUGAGCACGUAUCCUCGGUGUUUCCUCUCUUCCAACCACCACCAGAUGAUGCUGUGAAGGUAUACUUCGAUGGGGCAAUUUCAAGUUCCAGGAGAUGCGCUGGCGCUGGAAUAUUUAUACAAGCUCCAGAUGGUCACUUUAUUCAUGGAAUGGCAAGACAAUUUCCGGAUAUUUUCGACUCAAAUCUGGCAGAGGCCCUGGUUUUCUGA